UGGCGCGCCUGGACUUUUUACAUUCGUGUGUCACAUUGUGGAAGUUCGCUGCUGCUGCUGUGCUCUGGGUGUGCGUAAUGAUGUGAUUCUUAUUUACGCGGUUUGUUCUUCUUGUGCCCGUGUUUUUCCGACCUAAAGUUAUUUAUUUUUCCUGGACACUUGCUUCUGUCCUUCUGAGUACGUGACUGCUGGAGAACAAUCAGCGUUUCAGCGUGGGCUGAUUCUGCUUCGGUUCAGCGAUGUCUCAGAGCAGUGGAGCCGCGCGUGAUGAUAACAAGACAGAGGCACCGGAAGAGCCCGACACUACCAUAUGCCCUCGUAUCAUCAAAAGUCCCGGUCUUCACGAAGAAGACUUAGGAGAAGCAGUCCGAGAUGCCGAAGCCUCAGCUACUGAACAUUCUGACAAACUGGCCUCGCAAAAUGCAAUUUUGCAGCGCUGCUUACAGAUUUUAAAGAACCCCGCCAAUGACAGCGAACAGUUUGCUGCUCUGCUGCUGGUGACCAAAGUGAUUCAGGCUGGUACUGCCGACCCCGGCACCCGCCGUCAGAUUUUUGAUGCCGUUGGUUUCAGCCUACCCAAUCGAUUACUGGCAACAAUGAAUACAACACCCGACUGCCCACCCCAGGUGCUUUGCUCCUUGGCUGUGUCCCUGCUGGCAGCCUUUAGUACAGAUCAAGACUUGGUAUCUCACCCUCAGCUUCUCAACAAAGUGCUUCUAUUUUUGGGUUUAGCGUCUGGACAGAGCCAGGUAUCUGUGGACCAGGCUACAAUCCAAGAUAGUUAUCAGUGCUUGCUAGCAAUUGCCUGCACUCCCGAGGGUCCUCGCAUUCUGGAGGCCAGAAGUGCAAUACCACUGCUGUGCCAGGCGUACUGCCAGAAUAUGCAAGGAAGUGAGCAUGCACUAACUUUAUUAAACAGAAUUCUAAAUUGGGAAGCAGGUUCAAGAGCCUGGAAAAAGUAUCCAGCUGAACUUACCCAGCUGCUACAACAGCUUAGUAUGGAAUUCAGCAGAGCAGAGGAUCAGCAAAAGUUUACACUGUGUGAGAUCUUGCCAUAUUUUCUCCCUCCUCCGCAGGAAUUGUUGCCAGCCAACCUUCAGCCCAGCCUCGCUAACCUUUCAGGAGGUCUACAGUCAAUUCUUGGUUCUAAACUCAGCAUAGCCCAGCGUGAUCCAGCUCUUAGGCUUGCUGCCUGCUUGCUAGAUAGCUUUGGACCUGAAUGGGCUGUUAUGAAAUACCCUGGAAUGAUGUCUGGUCAGUUUUUGGCCCUAAUGGUAAAUCUUGCAUGUGUGGAGGUACGCAUGACACUUGAACAACCUGCAGACACAUUUUCUAGUGGCGGUUUGCCAUCCCGCACUGAUACUAUCACAGCCUGCUACCGCAUACUGGAGUUUGCAAUGGAGACGUGUAGCCAGGAUCCUCAAGAAAGGGGUCUCACAUUGGAGCGCUGUCGUCAAAUGAUUCUAAUCUUGGGGGAGGCCAUUUCUGCAAUUAUCUUUUACCUGAUGCAGGUCACCACAGCUCAGUAUCAUGAGCCCUUCAUCUUUGCUUCUGUCCGAGCUCUCUGUGUCUGGUUGGCAGAGGAGACUUCCUCACUUAAGCAAGAAGUGUGUGCUGUGCUGCCCUUUCUCAUUGACUACAGCAGAACUCUGUUUGAAGAAGGAAAAAAGAAAGAGAAGACAAAGGAAGGCACAGCGAGCCCUUUUGUAGGGGAUGUACUCAGGUUCCUUCUGCCUGGACUUUGUCAUCUGACAGCUGAGGAGGCCCCACGCAGGAUUUUGCUUUCUUUGAACCUAUCAGCGCUCAUCUAUGAGUAUAUCGAGUAUCUGUGUAGCAGACUCAGAGACAGCCAGAAACAAGUGGAGGCCAGCCUUCAGACUGCUUGUAGUGUCUUUUUGAAUCUUGUGGUUACAGAACCUGACCACACCAGGACAGAUACUAGUUCUUCUUCCUUACUGAAUCUAGUUAUGGAAAUGCUACCAAAACUUUCCCAAAAACAUAAGCUUGUCCUGACUGCUAACUUCUGCACUCUAGGGUUGUUACUUGCCAGACUACUGGCAGGCACACCAGGUGUUCUGGAUAGUACCAUUUCCCGCCUGUUUUUUCGAAGUGCUCUGAGUUUCCUUUCACGAGCUCAUGUUGCUCAUUCUGAUUCUGCAUUUGGCAUUGUGAGAUCUCCAUCAUACAAUGAGUGCUGGGAGGAUAUAUCUGAGCUUUGGUUCCUUGGCAUACAAGGCUUGGCUGGCUGUUUGAUGGUCUUGGACUGGCUUCCGACUAGAAUUUUAGAGACUGGCUGGUUGAAGGAGACUCUCGGUCUUCUUGAGGGCUGCUCUAUACCUGUUGACUCCAGUAUAGCAGAAGCACUUCAGCCCAUUCUUAUUGCCCUUAUAUGCAGUGACCCAUCUUGCCGAGAAUUUGUCAUCCAGAAACAAGGAGCACAGAUUGCUUGUCGACACAGAAUGUCUGAACUGCAGGAAAUCCUUCACGUGGGAUGAUUUUGGAAACAUCAGAUUAUUAACAUGGUAACCAUUUUUAGUUUGGGUUUCCAGUUUCAUAUUCUACAGAGACUACUUUUUCUACAGACCAAAA